CUCUUUGGUCGAUCUCCCUUUAUUCUCCUCCCUCUGUCCCUCCCUCCCUCUCACUGACCCACACACACACACACACACAAAAUCAACCAGAAAGAAAGCAGCACGCCCCCUUCCUUCCUCUUUUUUUCUCCUUCUUCCUGUUCCUCUCCAGUUUCUCUCUUUGGUUCUUGCUUCUUUCUCUUUUCUUUUCUCUUUCUCUCUUCUUUUUUAACUCAAACACACACACACUUUAACUUUUGUUACAAUGGCACAUAGACUUGGUGGUCGCAGAAAAAACGUCAAGAAGGGUUUCCAAUUCACGCUCAUGGUGGUUGGUGCUUCGGGCACGGGUCGCACAACGUUUGUCAACACUCUGUGCAACUCUGGCGUGCUGGCCAAGAAGGUAUGCGACAAUCCAGAGGAAGCGCAUAACGAAGAAGGCAUCACCAUCAAGCCCGUUUCUGUCGAGUUGGAUGAAGAUGGUGUCAGAAUCUCGCUGACCAUCGUCGAUACGCCUGGCUUUGGUGACAACAUUGACAACGAGCGAUGCUUCCAAGAAAUCGUCGGCUAUCUGGAACGACAGUACGACGAUAUUUUGGCCGAAGAGUCACGGAUCAAGCGUAACCCUCGUUUCCGUGACAAUCGAGUCCAUGCCUUGCUGUACUUUAUUUCACCCACUGGACAUGCAUUGCGCGAAAUUGAUAUUGAGCUGAUGCGUCGCCUGAGCCCACGUGUCAACGUCAUUCCUGUCGUGGGUCGUGCAGAUUCGCUGACCCCACAAGAACUGAAGGAUUUCAAGAGAAGAAUCAUGGAGGAUAUCGAGCAUUACAACAUCCCCAUAUACAAUUUCCCUUACGACGUGGAAGAAGACGACGAAGACACGAUUGAAGAAAACAGUGAGUUGCGAGCACUCUUGCCGUUUGCGAUCAUUGGCAGUGACGAAGAGAUCCACGUGGGUGGUCGCACCGUGCGUGGCCGUCAGUAUCCAUGGGGUGCUGUGGAAGUUGACAAUCCACAACACUCUGACUUUGCCAGACUUCGGUCUGCACUGCUCAGUUCUUGUAGCUCGCACCUACAGGACCUCAAGGAGAUCACCCACGACUUUCUUUACGAGAACUACCGUACCGAGAAGCUCAGCCGCACUGUCAGUGGUGGCGAAGCAGAGGAUGCUGCUCUCAAUGCCGAGGACAUGGCCAGUCAAAGCGUUCGCUUGAAGGAAGAACAGCUGAGGAAGGAAGAAGAAAAGCUCCGCGACAUUGAACUGAAGGUUCAGCGAGAAAUCCAAGAAAAGAGACAAGAGCUGUUGAGCAAGGAAGAAGCCUUACGUAGUUUGGAGUCGCGAUUGGCACAGGCCCAAAUAGCAGAUGCUUAACACAAAGCAACCACACAAUGUCUUUCUAAACCUCUUCUCUGUCUCUCUUUUGCGUGCAUACAAACCAGAAACACACCGAAACACACACACUCUCUCUCUCUUAAUUAGAACUCAAAGAAGAAAAAAAAGCAAGUUCUUACAGUUGCUCGUUCUAUGAUCUUUCUCGACGUGUUCUACCUCUCUCUUAUAUCACACACUUCUUUCUCUCUUUUCUUUUUGUCUUUUGCUUUUUUCCGUCAUUAUAGCUAGCUCAUCUAAUAUAACUUGUUACCUCUUCUCUUACUCACUCUA